AGGCUUCAGGGCCCCCUCCACAUAUACACACAUGUUCACACCACACACAGAGACAUAUACACACACUCACACAGAUGUGCACACACACACUCAUGAGAAACAUGUGCAGCGUGAUCAGGGUGUAUGUAAUGCUAAUGUGCUGGGUGGUGAUCUUUGAUUAGUUAAUAAGUAACUGUGUGUCUUAAAUGGGAACCAUAGUGUGUGUCAGGUGAUUCCUACAUUGGGUCUGUGCUGUGGUGAGUGCCCCAACCCCUCGGUGGAUCAAUCAGAGGCAGUGCAGCUCUCCAGUAUCUGCUGAGCGUUUGGAAAAGUUGAAUGGACAGUGGCAGAGUAAGGACUGAGAAAGUGAUUCAAAAAGAGGAAAAGACAAAAGAGGAUUUUGAUCAUAUAAGGACAACAUUAUUGGAUUGGAAUUUAUUCUCAACUUUCAAAAUAACCAUGGAACUGUCUCUGGCUCACCCGGCUCUCAAAGCCUUUAUGUGUGGCUCUCUCAGUGGAACAUGCUCCACCCUGCUCUUCCAGCCUCUGGACCUGGUCAAGACCCGCCUGCAGACCCUUCACAGCAACAUGCAGCCUGGUUCAGCAAGAGUGGGGAUGGUGACUGUGUUCUUAAGUGUUGUACGGACAGAGAAGCUCAUAGGACUUUGGAAGGGGGUCUCACCAUCAUUUGUGCGGACCAUCCCCGGCGUAGGGAUCUACUUCAGCACCUACUACUCUCUGAAGCAGCACUACUUCCUGGAGCAGGGCCCCGGGGCCAUGGAGUCUGUGCUGCUGGGAGCUGGGGCCAGGACUGUGGCAGGGGUCUGCAUGCUACCUGUCACUGUCAUUAAGACUCGCUUUGAGAGUGGCAGGUAUAACUARGUGAGCGUGGCAGGMGCUUUGCGCAGUGUGUGUCAAACAGAGGGACCCYGAGCUCUGUUCUCAGGGCUGACCGCCACCCUCCUCAGAGAUGCUCCCUUCUCAGGCCUCUAUGUCAUGUUCUACAGCCAGGGCAAGAACACUCUGCCACAGGAGAUAAGCACGUCUCCCUACMCMCCCCUGGCUAACUUCAGCUGUGGGAUUCUGGCCGGGGUCCUGGCUUCCCUGGUCACCCAGCCAGCUGACGUGGUCAAAACCCACGUCCAAGUCAGCCCACAUCUGUACAGGAGGACUGCAGAUGCUGUGCGAUACAUUUACAAUGAGCACGGGUUUCAKGGGUUCUUCCGGGGUGGGGUGCCACGUUCUCUGAGGAGGACCAUGAUUGCUGCCAUGGCAUGGACGGUGUAUGAACAGCUGAUGGCCCGCAUGGGGCUCAAGUCCUGAGGAGGGAUGACAAAAAGGAGGGAUGACAAGAAGAAGGGAUGACAAGUCCUGAAGAGAGAGAAUGAAAUGAGGAACGUGUGUGGACCGAGGAAGAAAGUGAAAGUCAAGUCACCGAGGACAAACCAGUACAGUGAGGAGUGCCCUGGAAGGCACUGCUGUGUUUGUGUCUUAAGACUGCCUAGUUGUGAGAGUGUGCCAAUGGACUUCUUCACUGACAUACAGUAUUCUGCCAUAACAUUAUUAACACAUUGCAAAGAUAUGAUACCUCAAGGACUGGUAUCCAUAUUUUGACAGAAAGAUGGGGACUAGUAGUUUUAUUAAAAUGUCUGUAUAUUUGAAUGGAUUGCAAUAGUUUUGCAUUGCA